ACAUUUUUUUCGAUAACAAUUAUUUUGUUAUGUCGCAAGAAACAACCAAACAAAACCAAGUGUCUCUCUCACAUCUCCACGCAAAAACAUCACCAAACCCCAACUUCCUCCUACAGCAUAGGGCUUCGCUCCUCUCUGCUUCCUUUCUCUAUUCGUCAUCACAUCGGAUCUGAUCCUUCUCUUCAAACGACAUCCCGUUUUUGCCAACUCUUUCUCCGAUCCCAUCAAUUGUCUCCGAUACGCAAAGCACAACCCAUUAUCCCAAAUAACUAUAUUGAAACAAAACCAAGGACGGAAGUCCAAGCGCUAGUCCAUUUUUACUCUGCUGGGCAUUUUGUCGAACUUGAAAUGUGUAAAGCGAGACUAGAUUAUCUACAACGAUGAGCAAGACGGGAGGAGGAGGGGGAGAUGAAGAAGAUGAAGACGAAUGUUUCUAUGAGUCGUUGGACCGGUUAGUUACUUCUUCAAACUCUUGCUCCACUUCUUCUUCUUCUUCCUCUGAUUCCGAACCCGAUAACCUGAAUAUUAAUCCUGAAUCCCCCGUUUAUGAUUUUUGUGUUCCUAAAUUCCCUAUGGGCGUCUCUAACAAGUACGAUGUUUGGAUCUCCGAGCCCGUUUCGGUCUCCGAGAGACGGACUCGUUUGCUCCGUGAAAUGGGUCUCAGUCAUGACCCGGCUUUGUCGCGGGCCAAAUCGGGACCCGAGAGGCAAACGGGUAGGGGAGAUUUUGAAAGCUCGGCGUCGUCUGGUGGGUUGACUCAGCAAGAUCAGGGUUCUUCUGUUUCUGGUGUUGGUAGUGUAGGUAUCGUUCGAUCAAAAUCAGACGGUUCGAGGAAUAGCAAAGGUUCUGACGACGAUCAUCGUCAUCAAUUGUCAAAUUUUUCUCCUUCAAUUCUUUCAAUUCAUUCGUCUUCUGUAGAUUCACCUCCUGUAAAUAAUAAUCUUAACAGCACUGAUAACGAUGAUGGUAAUGUUAUUCAAAGUGUUGUUGUUAGUAAGUCGCUGAGUGUUAAAAGCAAUAAUGAGGUUGUUGCUAGUGCUACUUUGUCUAAUAAACCACCCACCGGCAAGAAUUGUAAAAGGGUGGAAGAGAAUCGACUGGAUUCCUUGCGUCUUCUUCAUGGCUAUGGUAAUGGUAAUUAUAGUAGUAAUUCGUUGCCGCUCAAUGCUAAUGGUGGAGAGGUUGUUGAGCAUUUGGAUUCUAAUGGGAUUGUGGCGGCUGACAAACAAGUGUGUUUGAUUAGGAAUCUUGAUAAUGGUAAAGAAUUUGUGGUGAAUGAGAUUAGGGAGGACGGGAUGUGGAACAAGGUGAAGGAAGUAGGGACUGGCAGGCAGUUGACCAUGGAAGAGUUUGAAAUGAGUGUGGGGCAUUCUCCACUUGUUCAAGAAUUGAUGAGAAGGCAGAACGUGGAGGAGGGUAAUAAGGAUAAUUUUGAUUUGGCCAUGAGUGGGAAUUGUGCUGGUGGGGGCAAGUUGAAGAAAAAAGGGAGUUGGCUGAAGAGUAUAAGGACCGUGGCUAGUACUGUGACUGGGCACAAAGAGAAACGUAGUAGUGAUGAGAGGGAUAGGGAUACUUCGUCAGAGAAGGGUGGGCGGCGGUCAAGUUCUGCCACAGAUGACAGCCAGGAUGUCUCAUUUCAUGGACCAGAGCGAGUGAGGGUGCGCCAAUAUGGGAAGUCAUGUAAGGAGCUUACUGCACUCUAUAAGAGCCAGGAGAUACAGGCACACAAUGGGUCUAUUUGGAGCAUUAAGUUUAGUUUGGAUGGAAGGUAUCUUGCAAGUGCAGGUGAGGAUUGUGUUAUUCAUGUUUGGCAAGUUGUUGAGUCAGAAAGGAAGGGAGAACUGCUUGAGAAACCCGAAGAAGGAAAUUUGAAUCUGUUGCUGCUGGCUAAUGGUUCACCUGACCCAAAUUCAUUGUCCCCAAAACAUGUGGAUGACCUACUUGAGAAGAAGAGAAGAGGAAGGCCUAUGAGCCGAAAGUCAUUGAGCAUGGACCACAUCGUGGUACCAGAGACCGUGUUUGGUCUCUCUGAAAAACCCAUUUGUUCAUUCCAAGGACAUCUUGAUGAUGUGCUUGAUCUAUCGUGGUCCAAAUCUCAGCAUCUGCUUUCUUCUUCAAUGGACAAAACUGUGCGGUUGUGGCACUUGUUAAGCAAGACUUGUUUGAGAAUAUUCUCCCACAGUGAUUAUGUAACUUGCAUCCAGUUUAAUCCUGUUGAUGAUAGAUAUUUCAUUAGUGGAUCCCUAGAUGCUAAGGUUCGCAUAUGGAGCAUUCCUGAUCGUCAAGUUGUUGAUUGGAAUGAUCUGCAUGAGAUGGUCACUGCUGCCUGCUAUACACCAGAUGGUCAGGGUGCACUAGUUGGUUCUUGCAAGGGAAGCUGCCAUUUGUAUGAUACCUCUGAUAAUAAGUUGCAAGAGAAAAGUCCAAUCAAUCUACAAAGCAAGAAGAAAUCCCAGCAGAAGAAAGUCACUGGUUUUCAAUUUGCACCAGGAAGCUCAUCCGAAGUGCUCAUCACAUCUGCAGAUUCAAGGGUUCGGGUUGUUGAUGGUGUUGACCUAGUGCACAAGUUUAAAGGGUUUCGUAACACAAAUAGCCAAAUAUGUGCCUCCUUCACAGCUAAUGGAAGAUAUGUGGUAUCUGCUAGUGAGGAUUCUUAUGUAUAUGUGUGGAAACAUGAAGCUGAAUCCCGAUUUAGCAGAAAGAAAGGUGUUACUGUGACACAUUCGUAUGAGCAUUUCCAUUGUCAAGAUGUAUCAGUGGCCGUUCCCUGGCCUGGCAUGGGUGACUUAUGUGGUCUACAAGAUACAUAUUCAGGUGAUCAAUCUGGGGUUGACAAUAAUUUUGAUGAGUUUUCAAUGGCUAAUCAUCCUCCUACACCUGUUGAAGAGAUCAACAGUAUUGAGGGUUCACAAUCUGCAUCUGGUUGCACCAACAGUCCACUUAAUGGAACCAUUUCCAGUGCAACCGACAGCUACUUCUUUGAUAGAAUAUCAGCUACAUGGCCAGAAGAAAGACUUUAUUUGGCUGCUAGGAAUCGGAGUCCUCGCGCCAGUGUGGAUUUUGCAAACGGGUUAAGUUCAAACAUGUCAGCAUGGGGUAUGGUGGUUGUGACCGCUACCCUUCGAGGGGAAAUUAGAACAUUUCAAAAUUUUGGAUUGCCUGUUCGGUUAUAAUGGGUGAAAAACAGAAAGAAAAAGAAAAGAAAAAAAAAGAGAAAAUGACAGGAGGCUGGGUGUGGGGGAAAUUAGACGAUAAUAAUCAUUACUGUCCAUUUCCUGGAGGUUAAAUGUGUACAGAGAGAUAUCGGGUAAGAUUUGUAAUAUUAGCAAGUUCCAUUUCUUCUUUCUCUGUGCUUGUUGUCCUCAGAGUAGUAACUGAUGGAUAGCCAUUUUGGUUGAGCAUUGAGAAAAUAUAGAUUUGUUAAAAGAAAAAAAAAAAUGCACCGUGAAUUUUAGAAGCCGAUGUAUUUCUGUUAUCAGGAAUUGUAGAGCUAUGAGCAUGGCAAAAGCUAUUGAAUUUAAAUGAAAUUCUUUUAUUAUUCA